CUGCAGGCAAGGUGCUCGACCGCUGGACCAUCAUGUCCCGAGAAGAAGAGAUCAUCACCCUGCAGCAGUUUCUGCGCUUUGGUGAGACAAAAUCCAUUGUGGAGCUGAUGGCCAUUCAGGAGAAGGAAGGUCAGGCAGUAACAGUUCCCUCCUCCAAGACAGACUCUGGUAUUAGGACAUUCAUUGAAAGCAACAACAGGACCCGCAGCCCAGGGCUCCUGACACAUCUAGAAAACAGCAGCCCAUCGAGUAUUCAUCAUUUUGAGAAUAUCCCCAACAGCUUAGCCUUUCUCCUGCCCUUUCAAUACAUCAACCCCGUCUCUGCGCCAAUGCUUGGCUUGCCCCCUAAUGGCCUGCCAAUCGAACAGUCCACCCUUCGGCUCCGGGAACCCAGCCUUCCAAACCAAGGUGAACAGGUGGAGACCAGUGAGUCAGAGGUGUCCCUGUCACCCUUCCGCACAGGCCAGAGCCCAAGCCGCGGAACCCUGGGAUCGAUUAACAACAACAUUGAACCCAAGACAGAGCCCAGCAACAGAGCAUCACCCAUCUCCCCAGCCCUUUCCACCCAGCAAGGUCAACAACAGCAAACACAGUUCCAGCAGCAACAGGGACAGCGAGAGUCCCAAAAUCAAUCUCAGCAGUCCAACAGCUUGAGUGACAACCAGGUCCACCACCACUUUGUUAAAGAUGAGCAGUCUAAAACAAUCAGCCAUGCCUCUUUUUCCUCGAAAAUGCAUCGCAUGCGCCGCAUGGGAGCUACUUCUCGCAAGGGCCGUGUGUGCUGCACCUCUUGUGGCAAAACCUUUUAUGACAAAGGCACACUUAAGAUACACUUUAAUGCUGUACACUUGAAGAUUAAACACCGUUGCACCAUUGAGGGCUGCAAUAUGGUUUUCAGCUCACUACGCAGUCGCAAUCGUCACAGUGCCAAUCCCAACCCCAGGCUGCACAUGCCGAUGCUGCGGAAUAAUCGUGACAAGGACCUAAUCCGGGCCACUUCAAGCAGUGGUACGCCUGUAAUCUCAAGCAGCAAAAAUGGUGGCUUUACACUCACGAGCCCUGGAAGGCCACCACUGGGUUUCACUACUCCACCAGUAGACCCCAUGCUCCAGUCACCCCUACAAAGCCCACUGGUGUUCCCUUCUUUGAAAUCAGUGCAACCAGUUCAGCCAGUGCCCCCGUUCUACCGUACACUCCUCUCCCCCGCUGACCUCGUCAGUCCUCCAGUAUCACUGCCUACCAGCCCCAUUAUGCCCACCACCACUAACAGUACCACCCUGAUGGACCAGCAACAGCAGAUCCUGGCUGCUGCAGCUGCGGCUUCACACAAUAACGUACAUGUGUCAGAGGCAGGACCCAUGUCCCACCGUUUACCGACACCUACUACACAUCAGGACCUCACCAGUGCUAACAGCGACCCCACACCAAAAAAGAAGCCUCGUAAAUCUAGCAUGCCUGUGAAGAUUGAGAAGGAAGUUAUUGAUGUGGCUGAUGAAUAUGAGGACAAAGAUGAGGAUGAUGACGAUAAUAUGAACCAAAAUCAUCACCAUCACCAGUCGUCCCUUCUUCACAACAGUAUAAAAAUGAAUGGAAAUUGUAACAUCAACAACAGUGGCAAUGGUAAUGGCAACCACAGUGGUGGUAGUGGGCAGCAAUCCCCUUCUCAGGAUGAAAUGAGCCCAGGAUUAGCUUUAAGAGGAAUGAUGAGACAGAGUGAAGAUGAUUGCAGAGAGGGGACUGGGAGAGACAGCAGGAGUGGAAUGGACCUGCGGGGCUCUGGUGAAUUACGUUGCAUGGACAGCUUCACCUCUGAAGAUCAGGACCAUGAAAGAGACUUUGAGAAUGAAUCUGAAACCUCUGAGUCCAAGAUGUUCUAUCGCGACGAGCUCAUGGAUGUGGAGGACCAGCAGAAACACAGUCGGGGUGGAAGGGGUCUAGACAAGGAACACGAUGAUGAGGGUAGUGAGGAAGCCCAUUUAAGAAAAGAAAUGGAGGGCAAGGGCCAUUCCUCACCUUCUCCCCAUCAGCCCCCAAUCAGGAUCAAAGAAGAACUCAAUGAUCCUACCUAUGACAUGUUCUGCAUGGGCCAGUAUGGUAUUUAUAAUGGAGGCAUGGCAGCCGCCGCCGCUGCCGCUGCAAGUAUGGCUGCACUGCACGAGAACUUUAUCUCUUCGAUGGGUUAUGGCGCCAGUCCACCCAAAUUCCCAUCUUCUCAUUCGCCAGAGGGAGAUCCAUGCUCAAGUCCUGACCCUAAGAUCUGCUAUGUGUGUAAGAAGAGCUUCAAGAGCUCCUAUAGCAUGAAACUGCACUACAAGAACGUCCACCUCAAAGAGAUGCAUGUGUGCACUGUGGCUGGCUGCAACGCCGCCUUCCCUUCCCGGCGGAGCCGAGACAGGCACAGCUCCAACAUAAACCUGCACCGCAAACUGCUGACCAAAGAGCUGGACGACAUUGUCCUGGACCCCCAACUCACGCCACUGCCCAAGGACCUGCGGGCCGAGUUACUGGCCAAGAUCUACGCUGGGCACCACGUGGGCUUGGACCCUGUGGCUGCGAUGGCCUUCGGAGGUGCCAGCCUCGGACCAAUCAGCCUGAACCAUGUCCGUUCCCCCAUAAGCAACCAGUAUUCCCACCACCCUCUCAGCCACGAACUUAAGAAUCACCACACCAACGGUUUCUCCCAGGGCCAGCCAGAUGACUACAUGGUGCUGGACCUGAGCACCACCUCUAGUGUUCAAUCCAGCAGCAGUAUCCACUCCUCACACGAGUCAGAUGAGGGCAGUGAUGAAGGCAUCCUACUGGAUGACCUAGAGGAGGAGGAUGGAGAAGAGGAUGAGGAGGAGGGCAACAGCGAGGGAGAGGACUGCUCCCAGCGAGCUGCAACAGGGCAACAUGACGAGACUGGAGAGAUAAGAGGACAUGGUGAGGGGUUGGAAUCUCCCUCCUCACCAUUCCUCCUUUCAUCCACCGGGGGCAGUAACGGUGGCAGCGGUGGGAUUCUCUGCAACAUCUGCCACAAAAUGUACAGCAACAAAGGGACUCUGCGUGUGCACUACAAGACUGUGCACCUGCGAGAGAUGCACAAGUGCAAAAUCCCUGGCUGCAACAUGGUGUUCAGCUCUGUGCGCAGUCGCAACCGACACUCUCAGAACCCCAACCUCCAUAAAAACAUGCCCUUCUCUACAAUAAUAGACUAAAUAAUGACUUUCUACUCGACCCUCCUGUCAGUCAGCCCACUCCUCCCUUCAUUCUUCAUCCUUAUCCCUCCUCAAAUUAGCUUUUAACCCCAGCCCAGGGCCAUCAAGUGCAGGCUAAGUGCUUGUUUGCCUCCUGCCCAUCCUCGGUAAGUCAUAGCAAGACAUUUGUACGUCCCUCUAUAAAAAUUCAUGGACUCUAAAUACAGUUAAUUAUUGUGACCUUGGACUUUUCCUCUUUGGAAGAACAGAAUAACACUCUUGAGUGUGGAGUUUGGUUUUAUUACAAGACUUUUUUUUUCAUAACCCCCAGCAUCUUUGCUCUCAAAACUGUUCCCCGUGUUUUUAUGUCCAUCUCCAAAGAAUCUAUUGAACCUCCUAUUUGUGACUUUGCCUGCAGAAAUAAUAGAACUAAAAAGAGAAAAAACUUCUUGUUGUAUUUGUGUAAUGAUAGCUUUUAAAUGAACCCCCUACAAAAGCAUGACAGCUUCAUUUGUAAAUAAUGUCCCAAGAGGCUUUUGGUGUAAAAGAGUUGUGUUGAUGGUUGUUUGCUUUUUCCUCAAUCCUUAUGGUUUUAUGUUACAAUCCAGUACAAUACUUCCAGCUAUAGGCAAGAAAGAGGUAGCAUCGUACUAGCUUGAUUCAUUUAUGUUAGCUUCAAAGAUAUGUUUUAAACUGAGUCCUAGGAAAAGAAAAGAAGAAUAUCAUGUGACUUGCUUUUUCUACUUGUUAGAUAUUCAGACGUUGCCGGCAUGCUUUUUUAGGCUCCUACACUGAUAUCAUUCUCUGUAUUUCUAUUGAUUUUUUAUUUUUAUUUUUUUUUCGUCUGUUUUGUUUAUAAGCUUCAGUAUACUAAUUCAGUUUUUGCACUUUGCAUCUAUACAUGGGGAUGUGUAAUAUUAUUAUAAUGAGGAGUUUUGCAAUGGUGAGUUUAGGUGUUAUUUGGGGUCAUAGCUCGAGUGCCAAGGGACAUGACAGUACCUUCAAAUGACUUGUUCCAGUUCAGUUUUUGCACGUGCUCAGUUUCAAACACAAAACUAGAAAACCGGAAAUCUUCCCCUAAUCUCUGAAAAUGUAAAUCAGAAAGUGUCUCGCAUCAAUAUGAAUUCACGUGUGACUGAACAUAAACUGCUGUUUCAAAAACCACAAAAGAACUAAUGCGUUUAAGGAGAAAUUUGCAUAACGGUUACAGUUAACCAUCACAAACACCACACUGACGAGCUCGUGGGGUGAAUCUGUGCGAAGCGUUGUGCCGAAAUUGUCAAAGAAAGCAAAGGAAGAGCUAAUGUUUGUUCUCACAAAAUGCAUCUUCAUGAAAUAUGACUGUCCCGUAGAUUUGAAAAACAGAAAAAAAAAAAGAUGAAAUAGUCCUUCAACUGUGACCAAAACAAAAGUGUUUGCUUUUGUAAAGAUGUUUCAUUGUGACAUUGUACUUAAAUCAUGCCCCGUUAGAUUAAUACGAUGCACUUGAGUCUUAAAUCUUUUGCUGUGUUAUUUUUGGUAUCACUUUCCAUUGCAUUGAGUGUUAGCUACAAAUGUACUAUAUGAAAAAUGUCGCCAUGUUCCAGGCUGUUGGAUGCAGCCAUUUUUAACAUGUCCAUGACUGUCUUACGGUACAGAUAUUUCCAGUAACUGGGCAAAGUAGCCAAGGGAAGGGGUAUUUAUUGGUGGGUCAUGUAUCUUCAUGGAAAUGUAUUUUGUCCAGUAUGAAAAUAUUUUUUGUAAAAAGACAAAAAAUAGAGAUUGUUGCUCCGUUUGAUUUGUUUUUCAAUGUAUUACCAACGCCAUGUGUUACUAUACAAAGAGACCUUCUCUUACUUGACUGGUGCUACACACAGAGGGGAAAAUAUGCAGUGUUAUGUGGUGUGCUGUACAGUAUUCACAACACCUUACAUUCAUAACAGUGUCGAGGCCUGUGUGUUUCAUUCUUUUUGCAAUGUGGACACGAACAUUUCUCGUGGAAACCUUCAUGUCGUUUUUUUUUUUUUUUUUUUGAAGAUUACACCCAAAUGGCACAUGCUGUUUUCAGUCCUGUCUUCUCGGAGAGAUAAAGAGAGCGAGUCAAAGCGCUGUGGCUGAUGGAAAGGUUCCAGAGGUGGAAGGCUGGGAGGAAAGGAUGACAGCAAUGAUCAUUAAAAAUCUGCUGCCUCUCAAGUUACCUGGAGGCGUCGCUGAUA